AUGGCUGGUGAAGAAGAUAAAAAACAGCAUUACGACGCUUCAGGGGCGUCUGCCGUGGACGACAAAACAGCCACGGCAAUUUUGAGAAGAAAGAAGAAAGAUAACGCCUUGGUGGUGGAUGAUGCGACUAACGACGACAACUCUGUUAUCACAAUGUCAUCGAACACCAUGGAGCUCUUGCAAUUGUUCCGUGGUGAUACAGUGUUGGUCAAGGGUAAAAAGAGAAAAGAUACUGUGCUAAUCGUGUUGGCUGAUGACGAUAUGGAGGAUGGUAUUGCCAGAGUCAAUCGUUGUGUACGUAAUAACUUGAGGAUAAGAUUGGGAGACAUUGUUACUAUUCACCCUUGUCCUGAUAUCAAGUACGCCAACAGAAUUUCUGUGUUGCCUAUCGCUGACACUGUCGAAGGCAUUACUGGUUCCUUGUUUGACUUGUACUUGAAACCAUAUUUUGUUGAAGCUUAUAGACCAGUUAGAAAAGGAGAUUAUUUUACCGUAAGAGGUGGUAUGAGACAAGUUGAGUUCAAGGUUGUUGAGGUCGACCCCGAGGAAAUUGCUAUUGUGGCCCAAGACACUAUUAUCCAUUGUGAGGGCGAACCUAUUAACCGUGAAGACGAGGAAAACAACUUGAACGAAGUUGGUUAUGAUGACAUUGGUGGAUGCAAGAAGCAAAUGGCACAAAUCAGAGAGUUGGUUGAAUUGCCAUUGAGACACCCACAAUUGUUCAAGUCCAUUGGUAUUAAGCCACCAAAGGGUAUCUUGAUGUAUGGUCCUCCUGGUACAGGUAAGACCAUUAUGGCCAGAGCAGUUGCCAACGAGACUGGUGCAUUCUUCUUUUUGAUCAAUGGUCCGGAAAUUAUGUCGAAGAUGGCUGGUGAGUCUGAAUCCAACUUGAGAAAGGCUUUUGAAGAAGCAGAAAAGAACUCUCCGUCUAUCAUUUUUAUUGAUGAGAUUGACUCUAUUGCACCAAAGAGAGACAAAACCAAUGGUGAAGUUGAAAGAAGAGUUGUGUCGCAAUUGUUAACACUUAUGGAUGGUAUGAAGGCAAGAUCCAAUGUUGUAGUUAUUGCUGCCACCAAUAGACCAAACUCGAUUGACCCAGCGUUGAGAAGAUUUGGUAGGUUUGACAGAGAAGUCGACAUUGGUGUACCAGAUGCUGAAGGUCGUUUGGAAAUUUUGAGAAUUCACACAAAGAAUAUGAAAUUGGCCGAUGACGUUGAUUUGGAAGCUAUUGCUUCAGAGACGCAUGGUUUUGUUGGUGCCGAUGUUGCUUCAUUGUGUUCUGAGGCUGCUAUGCAACAAAUUCGUGAAAAGAUGGAUCUUAUCGACUUGGAGGAGGAGACUAUUGACACUGAGGUCUUGAAUUCGUUAAGCGUUUCUCAAGAGAAUUUCAGAUUUGCCCUUGGUAACUCCAAUCCAUCUGCUUUGCGUGAAACCGUUGUUGAAAAUGUAAACGUUACUUGGGACGAUAUUGGUGGUUUGGACAACAUCAAGAACGAGUUGAAAGAAACUGUUGAGUACCCCGUCUUGCACCCAGACCAAUACCAAAAGUUUGGUUUGGCUCCAACCAAGGGUGUCUUAUUCUUUGGUCCACCAGGUACUGGUAAGACCUUGUUGGCAAAAGCUGUUGCCACCGAAGUUUCUGCCAAUUUCAUUAGUGUUAAAGGUCCUGAGUUGUUAAGUAUGUGGUAUGGUGAAUCUGAGUCUAAUAUUCGUGAUAUUUUUGACAAGGCUAGAGCUGCUGCUCCCACAGUUGUGUUUUUAGAUGAGUUGGACUCCAUCGCCAAGGCAAGAGGUGGUUCUAAUGGUGAUGCUGGUGGUGCUUCCGAUAGGGUUGUUAAUCAAUUAUUGACCGAGAUGGAUGGUAUGAAUGCAAAGAAGAAUGUUUUCGUUAUUGGUGCUACUAAUAGACCAGACCAAAUCGAUCCUGCUUUGUUGAGACCAGGAAGAUUGGACCAAUUGAUCUACGUUCCUUUGCCUGACGAACCAGCAAGAUUGUCAAUCUUGCAAGCACAAUUGAGAAAUACUCCAUUAGAACCUGGCUUGGACUUGCAAGAAAUUGCCAAGAUCACCCACGGUUUCUCAGGUGCAGAUUUGUCAUAUAUUGUACAAAGAUCGGCAAAGUUUGCUAUUAAGGACUCUAUUGAAGCACAAGUUCGAAUCGACAAAGCCAAAGCUGCUAAAGAGGCCAAGGCUGCUGAAGCCAAGGGUGAAGACGUCGACAUGAAGGUUGAAGAUGCUGAAACCGAAGCUGUGGAAGAGGAAGAUCCAGUUCCUUACAUCACCAGAGCUCAUUUCGAAGAAGCAAUGAAGACUGCAAAGAGAUCUGUUUCUGAUGCUGAAUUGCGUCGUUACGAAGCAUAUGCUCAGCAAUUGCUGGCAUCUAGAGGUCAAUUUGCCAACUUUAGAUUCAAUGAAGGUGGCAGUAGUGCUGAUGGUUCUGGUGCUAGUGGUGGUGGUGCUAAUUCUGGCUCUGGUGCCGCUUUUGGCAGCGUCGAAGAAGAAGAUGAUUUAUACAGUUGA